UUCCUAUUCGGAAGGAAGUACUUAGAAAAAUAACGAACGACAAGCCGGUAAUUCAUGUCAAAAAGCUAUUGAAAGAUUUUCUAUCUUAAUUUUUCUGCUUUGCCCUGGGCAAUUCUACAUAGUUUUUAUACCAUAGCUUACCAUACAGUACCAAAAUGAACUUGGUAGCCACUUAACUAGAGGCCAGACGGAUACAGAGGGACUACUUAAUAACGGGACAUAUCUCAAGUAUCAAUACUGUAACGAAUACAAAGACUUUACUCACUUAUCCAGCUAAGAAAGGGAUUAUUCUUGAAAUAAACGCUUAUACAUCAGUCUACUGCCAAGCCAUCUAGAUUGAGUAAACAUGAGCAACACUACAGAAAAUCAACGUCCGCGCUUCAAGAACACCAUCCAUCUUUGGGAAUUCUUGCUGGAGUUACUAAACAACGAGCGCUAUGCUUCUAUCAUCUCAUGGACCAGAAAAGAAUAUGGUGAAUUCAAACUCAAAAAACAAGAAGAAGUCGCUAGACAAUGGGGCUUGUUAAAACAGCGAAAAGGGAUGAACUAUGAUAAGCUGAGCAGAUCACUGCGAUAUUACUAUGACAAGAGAAUCAUAAAAAAGGUUUCAGGGCAACGACUGGUUUACAGGUUCAUAGAACUGCCUUUUGAAUACCUGCCUCUACGAAACAUGGAUGAGAAGACACGGCGUCAGCAGUUACAAAGCUCGUCUGUAAUUCUCCCGACAACUGUUACCUACCCCACUCCUCCUCCUCCCCCCUCCCCCAGAACCCCACCCAUCGAGGCAGAAAGAAACCCAAGGUGUGACGUACAACACACGUCAGUCAUUCGUCAUGUUAAAACCAAUCAUGUUCAAAGCACUGAACCACGUGACAACAUAAUACCCCAUGGUCCACCUCGAGUGAUGUCACAAAGUCAAAUUAUUUUUCCCUCAUGUGGGUGUAUCAUGAUGGGAUCCAAUGUGGUCAUGCACUGGUGAGUUCUACACUGUCAUCUGUCCAUCUCUACAUGUGCAUCCACUGCAAUAGUUAUUGUAAUAUCAAAAUAUUUGAUAUGAAGACGUAAUGGCUUUCUCACCAAAGUCUGCACCAACAUUAGUUAUCAAAAAUAUCAAGACUUAUUGAAUGAUGAGUUUUGAAAGUUAGAGUUUUUUUACCUAUGGUUAAUGGCAAAGUAUGGUUGCAAAGGGGGUUGUAUAGUUUUGCAUUGUACUGAUGUACUGACAACUCCCCCCCCCCCCCCCGAAUUGCUACCGAGCUAAUUGCUGCGAACUAAGUGCUUACGGAAUGCCGGCGUCUAUACAAAAGACGAAGGACUUUAAUUGAUUAUAAUAAAGUAAAAUUUGUAACAUAAAUAGAAGACUACUUGUAAUUAUGAGCGCGAAGUAAGUAUAUUCACGACUCUUAAGAAUACCAUAAUAUCUAGAAUGUGCGGACUUAGUCUCACUUCUGAGGUUGGUAAACAAAAGCAGAAAUUAUAACAACGAAACAAGGAACUCCUGGAUUACAGGCUAAGCCCAGACAUUCUUGAAAUAAUGGUACCGAUACCAACAAGGUAGAAAAAUAUUGAAUGGACUAACAUCUUCCUUCAUUGAUAUUUUAGUUCUUAGUAUUUGGUCCAAUUUGUUAGUUAUUUCUCAUUUUCUAUAUAAUUUCAGAAUGAUCUAGUGGUUUGUGACAUGAUUGCGUACAUCUGUAAUCACGAAAUCUAGUGUAUUUUAUUUAAAGUUUUUAAAAAAAAUAUUUCAAGAUACAAUCAGCAAUAAGUAUAUGUAAUAGGAGUCCAUGCUGUCCAAUUAAGAAA